UUCAAACAACUUCAAAAGCGCGAGCUUGGGUCUGACGUCACAGGCCACUCUUAUCGUUUUUGCCCGUUCGGUGGGCUAUUGAUUUGAAUGCAGUUUGCCAUUGCCAGUUGUGCGUGUCGAAUAACUGUGACGUUUGCUCGGUAUUUAUGUUAUUGUAUUUAGUGUAGUUUAGUAUAUUUAUUGUGUAAUAUACUUUAUCAAAAUGGAAAACAAAUCUGCGCAAUAUAAGUACUGUAUAGUGCCGGGAUGCAAAAGCACAACAGUCAGAACAUCCAACAAACAUUUUUUUACUCUACCAAAAGAACCAAAACGUCGAUUAAAAUGGCUAAAGGCAUGCAGGCGAGAUAAAAAGGAUAUUUCACAAAAAAGCAUAGGUCUUUAUGUCUGUGAGGAUCAUUUUGAUUUGGAACAAGAUAUGGAUAACUAUAUAAAAUUCAAGAUUAUGGGUGGUCCCAAAAUUAUUAAGUCAGAUGUUGUCCCGCACAUAUUUGAUUGUCAACCAGACAGAACACGAGCUUUUUCUCAGCCUGUGAGGGAAGCAGCCCUUAAAAGGGUUAAACGACAGCUUCUUGAAGAUGCCGCUUCUACAUCUAAGUCUGUUUUAGAGGACAAUGAUGAUAAGAGACAAUGUGAUUCUAGUUUCACAAACUUAGUACAAUCAGGACCUGAAUUAAACCAAUCAGCUUUACCUCAAAAACUGAAUAAUGCAUCAACACAGACUCACAUCAAAAUAAAAAGUAAAGGUAUUCAGUGCAAAUUUAAAAGGAGUGUUACAGUCGGGUUGUCGCCAUUGAAAAUACAUAAUAAGGAUGCAGGAACUUCACCUAUAAAAGACUUGCAAAUAUUUGAAGAUACAAAAAGUGAAUCAGGAAGUUCUGUAUUUGAAGAGUAUAGUGAAUAUAGUGGUAGUGACGACUGUUAG